AUGUUACUGAUAUGUUUGCUGUCGCUUUUGUGUAGCGUGGAGAGUGCAUUAUUGUAUGAUUCGUAUACUGGAUUGCAAAUAACGAGGGAAGACGUGAAAAGGCAUGAUAAAUCGAACACAACCUUUUGGUGCGUGAAUAAGAUUGAACCGUGUGACCCUGCAGAAGGACGGCGUGUCGAUGGCUCCUGCAAUAACCUCAAACAUCCGUCCAGAGGAGCUACGCACACACCCUUCAGAAGGCUUCUACCUCCAGUUUUCGAUAAGAACUUCACUCCAAAGAAGUCGUCAUCAGGGAACGAUCUGCCUCUCGUGCGGUAUGUGAGGACCCGCAUCUUAUCUGUGGGCAAAGUUCCCAGCCAAGUCUUCACAAUGUUGGCUGCGCACUACUUUGUCUUUAUGUUAGCUGAUACCGUCUCUUUACAUGACACAGUAAACUAUGUUAUAUGGAAGCCAUACUGCUGUACCGAGAAAGGUGAAACUGACUACAUGUGCAUUCCCAUUAAAAUACCUGUCGAUGACCCUGUUCACCGGUUCUCUGGCCACCGCUGUUUAAAUUUGACCAGGCCUGAGUCCUUUCAAAGUGUUGGCUGCGUCAAGAAUGAUACAACUCCUGAUAGAAUUAUUUCAUCCACUCCUCUGCUAGACUUGUCUGUGAUAUACGGAAAUCUACUGCAACCCUUGCUGCAAAAAGGACGCCUCUUCAAAGAUGGUUUGUUGAAGUAUGAGGUUGAGAAUAAGAGGGUAUGGCCUCCAAGUUACAAAAUACAAGCCAACGUGUGCUACUUGAAUCAACGGCCUAGAGAAAAUAGAUGCCAUGAGAUGCCUGAAGACGGCGCAAACACUCUACCAGGGAUCAAUUUGGUCUCUAUAUGGUUCUGGCGAUACCACAAUUUCAUUGCCUCUCAACUAGCCAAGGUGAACCCAUGUUGGGAUGACAAUAAGCUCUUUGAAACAGCCAGAGACAUAAACAUUGCAGUGUCGCAACAAAUUUACUACUACGAGCUAUUACCUGUUUUCUUUGGGUACGAUAAUAUGGUAAAAGAUGGAGUGAUAGACCCAAUGGGUGGAUUCAGAGACGAAUACAAUGAAAACUUUUUACCUCAAUUGUCUCUGGAAUAUCCAUACGUUUUGAGAUGGAUGCACAAUAUACAAGAUGGUGUUUUAAAAUUAUAUGAUAAAGAUGGCUACUACUUAAAGCAGUUUCCAAUAGUGAAUCUGACAUUAAGAACUGGUUACUUCGCUGUGGAUGACAACAUUGAUUACGCGACUCAGGGUAGCUUCAGACAAGGAAGCGCUAAACUGGAUUAUAUUGCGGAUCCUGAUAGAAUAGAGAUUCUAAGAGAAUUGUACGAGAAAGUUGAUGACAUCGAUUUGCUGGCCGGUGUUUGGGUGGAGAGCCCAAUACGCGGCGGUUUUGUCCCACCGACCCUAUACUGUCUUGAAAUAGAACAAUUAAAACAUAAUAUAUAUUCUGACAGACACUGGUAUGAGAGACCCAACCGACCAAAUGCAUUUACUCCACGUAAGUAUUUAACUUCUCGCUACAGUGAACUCAACAAAUUUAGUGAAGCAUUGCAACAUUAG